AUGAGGUUCGCUUAUCACCUAAUUGUAGAACGACAGCAUUCACCUAAACGUGACACGUUGAAAGAUGCUCCUGUUUUGGCGCAUUUUCUCUCGCCGGACGCAAAUGUUCCAUUCUAUCAGCACGGCGAUGUGGCUUUCUUUGAGUUUCCUGCUGAUCUUGACCCAAGAACUGGCAAAAUGAGUGCUGCUCGCUCGUUUUCAAACGCUAAGACAGAACAUGGAUCAGGUUUGUUGAAGUUUGUUCGUAAGGCAAGUCAAGCGGUGACCAGCCGUGAGCAGCCUGAUAAUGUUGCAUCAUCGUCUUCGUCUGCUCAUCACCAUAAUCAGCACUCGUCGUCGAUGACCUCCGCUUAUGCCGAAAAAUUACGUCGAAAAUCUGUUGGUACUUUCCAACGAACGGCAAGCGCCGCAGCGGCCAGCGAUAUUCCAUAUUGUGGUGAAAAUAAUCUUACUGAUGAGCAGCAGUAUGCGAAAGAGUCUUGGAAGCGAUCAGGAACUGGCGCAAUCUCAGCAGAACCGAGUGCUGGAACCUGUUCAACCGUUCAAACACCAUCGGAUGGUCGUGGCAGAGUCUAUGAAUUGCCUGAAUUCCUCAGGAAGGUUCGUUUUCAUUAA